AUGAAAUUGUCUUUUGCUGCCGGGAUGCUCAUCCCAGCGUUUGCUCAAGGAGAUGACGAAAGGCCGCGAGUGGAAGAAGCUUGUUCAAAAGAUGUGGAAACCCUUUGUUCUCAGGGUGUUCUUCUCGAGAUUGAACGUCGUUUGAAUGGUGCGGACUCUGAAGACAACCCUAGUCAAGCUCCAUUGCCAUUUGAACCCAAACAGAAUGCCUGUCUUCUAGGAUCUCUUUCUGAGGCUUCUACCGAGUGCGUGACUGCCAUUCGGGAAAACGAAUUCAUGUACAAAUUAGAUCUCUUGAAGCAUCGGGAAUCCCACUGCAAGGUCACGUUCAUCGUGUUCUGUUCCGUUGUGAUUUUCUUUGCAGUUGCCUUCUGGGCAAAGUUUGCCAAAAAGCCCCGCUCCAAUUCGGCCUGCUCUGGUUCUUGCUGCAGUAAAUCAAAGGAAGACAAGAACGAUACCAAGUGCUGUGAUGGUGCAUGCGAUUGUUGUGAUGAGGAGGCUUGCUGCAAGAAUCCCAACGCAACUGAUUGCUCUUGCUGCUGCUGCUGCAGUGACAAGACUGCCAAAACCUCCGAGUGCUGUGGUGGUGGUUGCUGCUGCUGCGGUGACGACUGCAAGUGCUCUGAAGGCAAGGGCUGCUGUUGUGGUAAUGGUGACUGCAAGUGUUGCAAGGGCGCUUUGAAGACCUCUGAAGGAAAGUGCGGCUGCUGUUGCUGCGGAAAAGAUGGCUGCAAGUGCUGCAAGGGUACUUCUGGCGAGACCGAAAAGUGCUGUGAUGUGGUAAGACGUCCAAGUGUUGUGGCGGUGGUUGCUGCUGCUGCUGCGGAGACGACUGUAAGUGCUCUGAAGGAAAGUGCUGCUGCUGCUGCGGAAAAGACGAGUGCAAGUGCUGCAAGGGUGCUUCUGGCAAGAAGAGCGGAAAGUGCUGUGAUGGUACAUGCGAUUGCUGUGAUGAAGAUGCCUGCUGCAAGAAUCCCAACGCAACUGAUUGCUCUUGCUGCUGCUGCAGUGGCAAGACUUCCGAUAUCUCCAAGUGCUGUGGCGGUGGUUGCUGCUGCUGCGGAGACGACUGCAAGUGCUCUGAAGGCAAGGGAUGCUGCUGCGGAAAUGAUGACUGCAAGUGUUGCAAGGGCGCUUUGA